CCAAUUUUAAAAUAAAAACUUAGAACUAAUCUUGACCAUCUAUCUAAUAUAAUUUACUUUCAAUCAUAGCCAUUCAAAUAAUAAAAUAUGUAAAAUAUAAAAAACAAAGAUUUUGUUUAAUUGAAUAUCAUAACUGAUUUCCGUUUCUCUCUCUUCGCUCCAUGAUUUCAGCGCCUAGCAGCUUUCUCUCUCUAAGUUUAGCGACGCCAUUAAAACUGUAGUCUUCGAUUACUGUCUUCUCUCUGUCUAACUCGAGCUCUCUGUCUCUAUUGCUCGAGCUUCGAUAUCUCUCUGUCUCUAUUGCUCUGUGUCUCUAACACGAGCUUCGACUCUCUAACUCGAGCUGGCUUUUGUCUGUUUUUGACGUUUGAUUGAAGCUCUCUGUCUCUGUUAUUCUGGAGCUCUCUCUCUUUGUUGCUUUGUGUCUAUAAUUCGAGCUCGAGAAAGUGUGGUUGAAGUAGAUUCGAAUUGCUGAAGAUGAUUAUAUCAGACUUAACGAAGAUUAGUGAUAAUCAAGGUUCAAGUUGCGGUGAUUCGUCUAAUGUUAGUGUUAGUAUUCCUGUUUCUUCAACAGAAAGCGAAAAAUCAGUGACGAAUUGCAUUGUCUCUCCUGGUGGUAUGAAGUAUUUUAUGCCUAUUUCUGUUGAUGGAAGUCAAGUACCGUUUCAAAAUCAGUCAUUUGAUAGCUUAGAUAAGGCGUACAACUUUUACAGAGAGUAUGGGAGGCUAGGGGGUUUUGAUGUACGAAAAACAACGGAGAAGAGAGAUGCUGAUGGUACCAUAAUUUUGAAACAUUUUGUGUGUAGUAAGGAAGGUUUUGUUGAUGGAAGUCAUUCUGAAGGAAUUAGGCAAAGACGUACUGUGUCACGGAGGUGUGGAUGUAAAGCAAAAGUGGUCAUGAAAAUUAGGAGCCAGAACAGAUAUUAUAUUUUCAAUUUUGUUGAACUUCACAACCAUCCGCUUGCUAGUGAAAGUGGUAGACAGUUUCUGAGGUCUAGUAGAGAGAUGACAGUUAGUUUGCGAAGUUUUGUUUUUGAUGCUGCGAAGGUAAAUAUCGGCUGCAGCAAGGCAUUUAGCUUGGUCAAAGAGAUGACAGGUGGAUAUAGUAAUGUUGGGGCAACAUUACGUGAUUUCAGGAAUUUUAAUAGGGAUUUAAAAGAAUUUGUCGGUGAAAGGGAUGGACAGAUGCUGAUUGACAAGUUUAAAGUAUUACAGGAGACAUCAAAAUCAUUUUAUUUUGCUUAUGAGCUUGAUGGUGACGGGCAUUUGACUAUGCUUUUCUGGGCUGAUCCAACUAGUAGGAGGAACUUUGAAAUAUACGGCGAUGCUGUGUCAUUUGAUGCCACUUUUGAUACUAACAAGUAUAAUAUGAUUUUUGCGCCUUUCACUGGUGUUGACAAACAUGAUAGAUGUGUCACAUUUGCUGCUUGUUUGUUAUCAAAAGAAGAUGUUGCUCAUUAUAAUUGGGCCUUUAAACAUUUUGUCAAGGCCAUGGGACGCAAUCCAGUGGUGUUUAUAACUGAUCAGUGCCCUGCAAUGAAGGUAUCUGUGCCGGCUUCAUUUUGUGGUGAUAAUGAUUUGGUUGCUAGCAAGCAUCGCCUAUGUAUGUGGCAUAUAAUGCAGAAAUUCCCUAUUAAGCUUGGGAAUCGUUUGUGUAAGGAAACAGACUUUAUGGAGAAAAUGAAAACUUACAUAUGGUCAUCGAAUUUGGAAAUUGAUGAGUUUGAAAGUGGAUGGAAAGCGGUUAUAGGAGAGUUUAAGUUGGAAGAUAACAAAUGGUUAUCAGAUAUGUAUGACAUAAGAAAGUCGUGGAUUCCUGCCUAUUUCAGGGACAGUCCUAUGUUUGGCUUGAUGAGGACAACUUCAAGGUCCGAAAGUGAAAAUUUUUUCUUUUCACAGUUUCACAAGCAAGGUGAUACUUUAUGUGAGUUUUGGAUACGUUUUGAGAGUGCAAUGCAUAGGCAGCGGAAUGAAACAGAACGUUUAGACCAUGAGUCUAACUCAAGCAAACCAAACAUUUUAUCAAGAUGGUUCAUUGAAGAUGAUGCAGCUGAGCUAUUUACACGUUCCAUUUUUUACAAAGUUCAAGAAGAAAUUUUGGCAUCUUGCUUGGAUAUGCAAAUCAAGAGAAUGAGUGAAGAAGUUGAUGGGGUAACUCAUUUUGAAAUAAAGGAUGUCAAAGUUAAAGAUAAACUUUUUAAGGUUACUGUUAGCAAAUCACAUGCCGUAUGUUCAUGCAAACAAUUUGUUAUGUGUGGAAUUGUUUGUAGGCAUGCUUUCUGUGGCUUAAAGCAGAUUGGUGUCACAAAAUUUCCAAGGAGUCUCGUGCUUAAUCGUUGGAUGAAAGUUGCAGAAAGUGGCACUUCAUUGGAAUCUAAUGUUGUGUGUUCGGAUUAUUUUAAAAUGGAGCAAGUGUCGUUGAAGUUGACAAACUUAUGGUUUGAUUUUCGUCAGAUUCUUAGCAAAGCUGGAGUUGAAAUGGAUAAGCUUGACUAUGUUCACAAAAUCAUUAAGCAGAUAAGUAGUGAUUUUGAAAAGUAUGAUGGAGAUUCUGUUGAUUUUACUAAAAAGGAUCAUAUGGCAGCUAUGGUAGGUGAACAGCCGGUUGAAGAGAUUACCAUUCUUGCACCAACUGUUUCCAGGAACAAGGGAAAUUAUUUCAAGCGUCUUGUGAGUGAUAGAGAGAAAGCAAUGACAAAAGCAAAUAAAAGAGUUCGAAGAUGUAAAGAAUGUUCGGCAACCACUCAUGAUUCGAGAACUUGUCCGAAGAAAAAGAAGGAUGGAGGAGCUGUAGUUUCGAAUAUGUUGUGAAUAUGAUUUUAAUUUUCAAUUUUAAAAGACCUUGUGCACUUGUCUUUAUAAAUUGUUAAGUACAUUUUGAUUUUAUGUUUUCUGAGUACAUUUUGAUUGUUUAUAAAUUGUCUUUAUA